AUGGAACAGCCCUUCUCCACCUCCAAGGUUACCGUCGAAUACUUCGAUCCUCAUGGCGUCUAUAAGCUGCUCGCCCCGGGGCUGAUACCCAGACUGCCCCUUCGCAACCUACACUGGCAAUCGCAUGCCGGACCACUUCGAUCGAUCGAUACAUUACACAUUGAGCUUGCGCCCGAGGGCUCUGUCGACCCCAAGCCGAUUCUUUCUCCAGACCCCUUCUUUCCGAGUCUCCAGCGCCCCGAGACCUCAACAGGCGCUCCAGAAGGAGGUGAUGGAUUCCAGACUCAAAUCGGUGCAAAUGCGCCAGACUCCACGUCAAAGCCAGCCGCUCAUCCCAACAGCACACCCGCGCGCCGCCAUCAAAUUCCAGGCUUAAGAAGAACACCUUACCUCAAGGUGCUGCUGGUGCGCUGCGACGAUAGCGACUCCUACAAGUCAAGUGUCCGUCAGGAGAUACGCGACUGGGUCAAGACGCAUACUCCUUCAAGCGGCGCGAAGAAAACCAAUGCCGAGAACCACGAUGCUUUCGAGUGGCUAAUCCUGCACGUUGUGGUGCCCAAUACGGCGGCGGCGGCGCAGCCAAGAGUUACUGGCAAGUCCGAGGCAGCAGCUACGACGGCCGCGUCACGAUGGCGUCCAGGAUCUAGUACUCUGCUGGAGAAGCUCAGGGCAGACUUCAACUCGAGCAGCAAGGGAGCGACAGACCGGAUCGCGCAAAUUCGGAUUGGCGUUAACGACGUGCCAUAUGAUAUCCUGCCGCGGAUUACCAAUGCAGUGCCAAGCAGCUACAAGGAAACGGCGGAAGAGAGUGAAGCCGUUUGGAAUGACCUCAUUUCAAAGAUUCGCGAUCUCAUUUUGAGUAGUUUCGACAUGAGAGUCAGCCAGUAUGAAGAAGAUAUCAAAGAAAGGGACCAACAACGAAGUCUACCUGGAUGGAACUUUUGCACCUUCUUCAUUCUGAAAGAGGGUCUGGCCAGAGGCUUCGAGAGUGUAGGGCUUGUCGAGGAUGCUCUGGUCGGUUAUGACGAGUUGGGCGUGGGCCUUGAUAUGGCUAUCAAGGAGCAAGCUACCGGAGAGUCAGGGGCAACUGCUAAUGCACUCUUGAACUAUACUCCAGAGCUCAAAGAGGCCGUACAAAAGGCGCUUGUUGACAUUGACAAGGAAAACGACGAUGACGAGAUUGUGGACAUGCAAGCGCCAGAGUCUGCUCCACGAGAAGCCAAGACGACCUUUGACGAGAUUCCGAUCAGUGCGACCAAGAAACCGUACCGAGAUUUGAUUUUAGAAAACAAGGUCUCGGUUUUCGACUUUAGAUGCUACAUCUUUGCUCGGCAGAUUGCACUAUUACAACGACUUGGCAACGUGUGGUCGAGCCGGGAGGAAUUAUUGGCAAAGUUGAGAGAACAGCAAGAGUCGAUUAUUCAUGGAGUUGCGCCGAGGGUGCCUCCACCAAAGCAAGCUGAGAACGAUCAAGAAGAUCUCUCCAUGUUGGCAGAAAUUUGUAGGCGGACGUUGGAGUUCAUCCCCUCUGUAUCUCUGGUCUUGCGGAGUGAUCUACAAGCAGCGUUUGCAACCAAGAAGGAGGGCGAGAAAUCAAAGUCUGCGCCCUCCGAGUCAGCACUUGCCGAGAUUGCAGACAACCUUGUGGCCUCAUUUGCCUUCUCGAUUGCACAGCAGGUUCUGGCACAAACAUCUACCAAGGCUUUGCCUAUACCUCCAUCUACCGUGGCGCCAUCGGAUGGCCACGAACCAAAAGCAGCCAUACCCGAGCCCAAAACGAUGAUGCACCCAGCCAGGAGCUCGUCGUUGCGCACAGGACCUCCCGGUGCACGCUCACCCAGUCCCAACGCCUUUCCCGGUCCAGGACAAAAUUCAGCGGUAACAGAGCAUCAGGCUGCAAAGGCCAAAGCUUUCCUUAGAGCCGGCUUGGAAGAUCUCGCUGCUCGGAGGGCCGAACUAUACACACUGUCUCGGAAUAUUCUCGAGGAAUCCGGAAAGAAGAGAGGUUGGAGUGACGGCUGGGCCCACGUCCCCGUCGUUGGCGAGUCCUCUAUGGUGGACUUGGUUGAGAUCAGUUUGGAUGACAACACGCCAUCCCCGGAAGAUGGUGCAACACUGGCAAGAAAAAUUGUCUCCAUCGCUGGUAUUAAUAGCAAUCUUUUGCGUGCGGCUCUCAGCAACAACGACGACUUCUAUCGGCUUUAUGAGACUUUGACGGACAAGGCUUUACGCCACUAUACCGUGGCCAACCACACACAUUCGGUGCAAGCCUGCAUGGCUGAUCUCGCCGUCCUGAAAUAUCACAAAGAGGACUAUGCCACCGCUGCGUCUUACUUUUGGAGGACGACACCAUUCUUUGGAGAGAGUGGCUGGAGUCUUUUGGAGCUUUCGAUGCUCGUCAUGUACUCAAAAUGCUUGAGAGAACUCGACAGAAAGGAUGAUUUUGUCAAGGUCAUGCUGAAGCUGUUAUCAAAGGCUGCAGCGGCCGAAAGCGAACGUCAAAAACAGAAGCGCGCGUUCCGCAUAGGAGAAAAGAAGGAGCCUGUCAAGUAUCCCGACAAUGACGCUAUCAAGGGUUUCCUGAACGAUUUGCUGUCGGAAACGAAACUGCUCUCAAGUGAAAUCAGAGCACCUCUAUCAAAUUUCUUCUCCAGUAUCGAAGUCGAUAAAACUCCAGAAUACCACGAUGGAAGAGACGGAUUCUCGAUUUUCCUGAAGCUAAGCAGUCUUUUGGUGGAUGAAUUCACUGUGCAAAAGGCUAGUGCGCGAAUGGUGGGACAGACUCCUGGUGCGCAAAAGGAGGUGCAACUCGAAUUGUCCGAGGCUACAACGAUCAAGCCGGGCUUGAGUAGGCUCAAGCUUGACAGCACUGUUAAUGUUCCAGGCGGCUAUGCUAUUGAUAGAAUCGAAUUGGUAGCCAGCAAUCUUUGCCUCAACCUCGAGCGUGAUGCUAGCCGAGCUCAGGACGCACUGGAUGAUGUCUUGAGGUCUUCUUACAUCACCAUCUACCAACGCGCAGACACACUCGAUGUCCGGUUGGUCCCUUCGAACCGGAUACAACUGGACAAGAACAAUACAGUCGAUGUCGAGCUUGAUUCUGGGUGGAACGAGCUCAGUAGUGCCCAAGUCAAAGUCAAGGCCGCAACGGCUGGGUUGCGCCUCCUCUCAUCGGAAGCCAAGGUCGUGGAUGCUGAAACCCUGGGACUGGACUUUUCAAAACCACCUGAAGCAGGCUUAUUCAGCUUCGGUCAGAUCAAGCAAGGGACUCUGGUCAAAGUCCGGUUCCCUUUUACUGUGGAAAAUGAUGUUUCCCACGUCUCGGUAAAGAUCGAGGUUUCUUACAACACUGAGCAUGGAACAUUUAUCUUCUCGAAAUCCCCAAGCAUCCCGAUAUCACUCGCGCUGGGUGUAAAUGUGCAAGAUAUUUUCAAGCACAAGGCACUCAUGUCCCGCUUCACAGUUUCAACGUCCAGCUCAAGUCCGCUGCGUCUAUUCAGCAGUGAGUUGGUAGGAUCGGAAGUGUUUGAGGCCAAGUCUGGCUUGCCCCCGAGCGACCCGGUUGUCAUCUUCCCCAGACAGCCUGCAAGCUUGCUAUACAAGAUUUCUCGUAAAAACGUGAAAGUCACAGCCAAGAGUAGCAAGACGAUGUACCUCAAGCUUGAGUACGGCAUAAUUAAGGAUGACAUUGCCGAAACCAUCAAGAAUUCGAUCACCACUGCUCUAAAGGACAACACAUUGCAGCCGUUUGGGCGUCUUCUGUUUUCGACAGUCCUUCCGCACGUGGAGCGGGAGCUGUCGGCACUGGAUUUGGAGCGAGCCGCACUACUUGGGCACAUGCCCACAGACUUUCUUUCUUCUAUUGAAUGGAUACCUCAACUCAGAGGUUUAGGACUGGACCAAAACGGCCAAGAUUUGGCGAUUUCACUGAACGGCUUCCUCAUGUCGUGGCUGUCUGAUCAUCCAACACUUGCCCUACAAACAACGCCGGCCGAGGUUGGGUUGAAAUCGAUCCUUAUCCCAGUGGAUGUUCCAAGUAUGGUCAUUGUGCACACUGCCGAUAUUCGAUUGAAUCCUGAGGGAUCAUCACUGAUGCCCAGCUCCUCUACCACUAUUGGUGAUUUGCCUAUCCUGACCACCAAUCAGCUUGCCCCUGCUACACUGCAUCUCAGAUGGACUCGACUCUGGGACACUGCUACCCCGGUCAACGAAAUGUCAGAUAUGGAGUUCUCAUACGAGGUCACUGCUCCUGCUGAGACCUGGCUGAUUGGUGGACGAAGGAAAGGCCAUUUCGUCAUUCCCGCUCCGUCUGCAGCUCCUGAGGAUCUUAGCAGCACGGCUGAAACAGAAGCAGACAUACCUCUUCUUCUGAUUCCUCAAAGAGAGGGCUAUCUGCCAUUUCCCAAUGUCGACAUUCGGGAGGUCAGACCAUUUGGCCCCAUGGACCCAGUUUCUGGAAACAGUAGUGGAGGUGUCACCCCUGUAGACGGUGACACUGGACUAUGCGAAACAGACUUGAGGAAUUUGGGUGAAGCGAUCAGAGUCAUUGCUGAUCGAGAACAAGUCACUCUGAGUCUAGACGCUAGCGGGCCAGGCGGCGGACCGCUUGUUCUUGGUGUCCAAGCCAGAGGUGAGGCUGGACGAGUCGGCGUCUAA